GUUUCUUCUCAGCCAUCUUCGCUUCGCCUCGCCCGGAUAGUUCAAGAAGCUGUCCUGAGAAGUUCAAAUGGCUCCCAAAGCUGCUGUUGCGAAGAAGGGCGAUGCCAAGGCCCAAGCCGUGAAGGUUGCCAAGGCUGUGAAGUCUGGGUCAAUCAAGAAGACGGCGAAGAAGAUCCGCACGUCUGUGACGUUUCACCGCCCCAGGACCCUGAAGAAGGCCAGAGACCCCAAGUACCCAAGAGUCAGCACUCCUGGAAGGAACAAGCUUGAUCAGUACCAGAUCCUUAAGUACCCACUCACCACUGAGUCUGCAAUGAAGAAGAUCGAGGACAACAACACUCUUGUCUUCAUCGUUGACCUGAAGGCAGACAAGAAGAAGAUCAAGGCUGCGGUCAAGAAGAUGUACGACAUCCAGGCCAAGAAGGUCAACACCCUGAUCAGGCCUGAUGGCAAGAAGAAGGCUUACGUGAAGCUGACGCCAGACUACGAUGCUCUUGACGUUGCCAACAAGAUUGGCAUCAUCUAAGUGCGAGGAUCCUGCAGUAGGCGCCUGUGUCCUGGUUUCUUAUGUUAUCCGAGUUUUGUAGUUGUUACUUAGCAAAGGGCCUCAGUGGCUCCAUUGCCCACCAUAUCGCUGCACACUUAUAUGAAUUUGAUGCAAUCCAAGUGACCUAUGUUGUGCUGA